UUAUUUCUCUGGCCUCAUCAGCUAGCUGCUACCUGGGCGGCUGGGAGUCGGAGUCGGAGCAGGGCCCUGGGGAGAUGGCUGUGGACCCAGCCACGGAGAGACCCCGAGAGAGCGUCUCGCAGCCCCAUGUCUCAGCCAGGCCUCCCUUCCCUCGCUCCCACCCAUGGAUGUGAUGGCAGCUCCUGCUCUGUCCUGGUGUCCGUCCCUCCUUGUCCUCUUCCUGCCCCUGGCCAUCCCUCGGGCAUCCGCAGUGGUGAAUGACACCUCCCAGCUCACAUGCUUCUACAACUCCAGAGCCAACAUCUCCUGUGUCUGGAGCUGGGAUGGGGACCCGCAGGCCACAUCCUGCAAGAUCCACGCUCGGCCGAACCAACGGUCUUGGAACAAAUCCUGUGAGCUGCUCCCGAUGGGACCUGCGUCUUGGGCCUGUUACCUGAUUCUUGGAUCCCCGGAUACUCAGAGUCUGACUUCGGCCGACAUCGUCACCAUGAGGGUGAUGUGCCAUGCAGGGGAGAGGUGGAGGGUGUUGACGACUCACAACUUCAAGCCCUUUGAGAACCGAGGGCUGCGGGGACCCCUCUGCUCUGACAGCGCCCCCCACCCCUGCCUGUCUCUGCCCCAGGAGGCCUCCCUGCUGACCAUCCGGCAGAACCAGCGGUGGAUUUGGCUAGAGAACCUCUCUCCGGACACCCUGUAUGAACUGCAAGUGCGGGUCAGGCCCCAGCUGGGCAAAAACAAGGCCUGGAGCCCCUGGAGUCAGCCGCUGGCCUUCAGGACGAGGCCCGCAGCGCCAGGGAAGGAGGCUGUGCCCUUUCCUUGGUUGGGCCACAUCAUCAUGGGCAUCAGCAGCGCCUUUGGCUUUAUCAUCCUGGUCUACCUGCUAGCCAACUGCCGGUACAUCGGGCCGUGGCUGAAGAAGGUUCUGAAAUGUCACAUCCCAGAUCCCUCGGAAUUCUUUUCCCAGCUGAGGUCAGAGCAUGGAGGAGACUUUCAGAAGUGGCUCUCCUCGCCCUUCCCCUCGUCCUCCUUCAGCCCCGACACACCGGCCCCCGAGAUCUCCCCGCUGGAGGUGCUGGACAGGGAUGCCAAGGCCACUCAGCUGCUCCUGCUGCAGCAGGACAAGGGGCCCUCCUCGUCCUCAGCCGAGACCAGCGGCCACUCGCUGGCCAGCUGCUUCACCAACCAGGGCUACUUCUUCUUCCACCUCCCGGACGCUCUGGAGAUCGAAGCCUGCCAGGUGUACUUCACCUAUGACCCCUGUGCGGAAGAGCCCGAUGAGGGCGGGCCCGGGGCACCUGAGGGGUCUCUCCUCCCGCCCCUGCUGCCUCCGCCAGGGGAGGACGAUGCAUACUGCACCUUCCCCCCUGGGGAUGGCCUGCUGCUCUUCUCGCCCAGUCUCCUCGGCGGCCCGGGCCCCCCAAACACUGCCCUGGGGGGCCCCGGAGCUCAGGAAAAGAAGCUGCCCCCCUCUCUGCCGCAGGGAGCUCCCAGAGACUGGGUCCCCCGGCCCCCGACGUCUCCCCCACCAGGUGCACCUAAGCCAGUGGAAUCCCAGCCGCCCCUGGAGGGCGCGGUGGGAGAAGCAAGAGAGGAGGUCAAGGGCCCUGGGGAGGGGGUCAGGGUCAGCUUCCCCUGGGCUAGCCCUGCAGGACAAGGCCAGGUCAGAGCUCCUACCUCCUGCCUGACCCUGAACACCGAUGCCUACUUGUCCCUCCAGGAGCUGCAGGAUCAGGACCCAGCUCUCCCGGUGUAGACAGAUGGCCAGUCCAGUCGCUGCGCACUGUUGUGCCAGGGCCCAGCUGAGGACUCGUUACCCUCAAGGCUUGUCCGCUGCUGAGUCACGUGGUUUCUAGCUGUCCCCCGGGCCUCUCUGCCCAGAGGGCCCCCACCUAACCCAGCACACUUGGCCGUUCACUUCCAAAGCCCUCAGUCACUGCUCCCUGGUCCUGUGGCCCAAGUGCAGAGGGUGGGGGCACUGUGACUUCCCCACUCCCUCAUCAGGCACGGAGCCCCAUGGCUUCUUGCCUCUGAAGCCCCCCUCCUCUUCAGCCCUGCAAGCACUCUUGAGGGAGAGUUCUCUGGGUUCUCCAGGGGUCUUCACCGUGCCCUCCUCACUGGGCUUCCUGCCCCCAUCUCACCACCUCCCAACCACCGCCCACAGGGCGGCCAGAGCACUCUUUGCAGAAUGUAAAUAUGGCAAUACCACCUCCUUUAAAACCCCCGCUGUGGCUCCUCUGUGCCCUCCGCACCACUUCUUGGCCUGGCCCUUGCUCCUCCAGCCUCAUGUUGGGACAGUCCCUUCCGGAACCCUCCGAAUGGUCCUGCUGAGCCACCAGCAGCUCCCUCCUGCCCCCACACCUUUGCACCUGCUGUCCGCCCGCAUCUGCAGUGCCCCUCGUCUAGGGGACAGACUGCCCUUAUCCCUCAAGUGCCAGGAUGGCUUCCCUCGGAAGGAAAUGCUGCUUCUGUUAAUGUGCCCAAGCUUUCAGAUCCAGGGCGGGAGAGGCAGGCGCUCAGGGUCACGGGCUGGCUGGACAAAGCGGCUCUGUCGCUUCGCCCCUGGGGUCUCUCAUGACAGCAUGCUUAGCUGUGGCUCUGUCCUUGCCACAGCACGGACACAAGUCCCCCAGGAGAGUGGAUACUGACUAGAUGUGUCCAUAGCGGUUUCACAGACGUGUAAGGCACGCCGCUGGGAAGGAAAUCCCUCCGCGGUGGCAGGUUCUGAGACUGUCGCAGGGGGCCCAGAUCCGGGCCCCUGCCACUCCACCUUCUACUGGAGGGAUCUCUUCUGUGGCUCAGGGGCUGGCAUGCCGCCUCCCCAAGGGCAACUCCGUUCAUGGCACCUGAUGCGGUGUGCCCGGCACCCCCGUCAUAUUCCCUGGAUGAAAUCAUGAACUAUCUGGUACCAUCUUGCUUGGAUUCCCCGUGCCCGGCUGCCCUCACGUAGGGGACAUCGUCCACCUCACAGAGUACCCUCGGCACCUUGACCCUUCUGAGGUGAAGCCUCAGGGAGGCAGAGCCCCGUGGCCACGAGGUUCCAGAAGGCCCAUUCCAGGAAGAGGCUCAUCCUCUUCCAGUGGCAAUCCUUCCCCACGACACAAACACACAGACCCACGCAGAGCUGCCGGCUUCCUUCUCAGUGCUCUCCACCUCGUCUCCAUUUCUCUUCCCUCUGUCUCUGGCACGGAUCACACCUGUGAUGCCUGCCACCAUCUUCCUCCCACACCAGGAACCUCCGCAAGGAAAAGACUUCUUCCAGACUCGGGGGAACCGCCCAGGGCCUAUAUUUAUAGGCUCUGCUGCUAGCUGAUUGGACAUCUGACACAAGCCCACCCACAGGCUGACAGACAGCCUAUGAACUGGCUCAGAACAUAAGCUUUGUCCAAUCAGAGAGGUUAGGCCUGAACCGGCCAAUCAGGUUACUCUCGGUGUUGCGCUCAGGGAGGUAGGGAGGGUGGCACCUGGGAGCAGGUGCACGCGGAGAAGGCUGGGAAAGGGGGAGUUCAGUCCCGUUAGCAGAGAGCCCGGGCUCUGUACAGAGACUCCUGCUGCCAAGGAGGCCACUGACUGUUCACUCAAGAUUCUGGUUUAAAUACAAAGUUUAUCAUAACAAAAUACUACUAAUAUAACUACCACUGUUCCCAACCACUAUGUCCAAUAUUUCUCCCCUCCCUGAAAAAAAAUUUUUUUUUCAGACGGGGGACUGAUUGGGAAAAAAUGCAUUCCAUUUAAAAUUUUGGUAUAUGGCAUUUUCUAACUUAGGAAGCCACAAUGUUUCUGUUCUUGGCCCAUCAUAACUUUGGGUAGCAUUAACUAAGUUUUGUGCUUCCAAAUCACUUUUGUUUUUAAGAAUUUCUUGAUCUUGUUAUAAGCUGCCUUCAAUUUUUGAUUCUUUAUUCUUUCUAUUUGUCAGGCGCACUGGAUUACCUUUUUUAGCCUUCUGUCUUGUCACCAUCCAUUCCUACUUUGGUGGCAGUAUACUUAGAAAAAAGGCCCCGUGAUUUUUCUGGCUCCACUCAGUGUCUAAGGAUACCUUGCUUCCUCUGCUUGCAUCCCACAAACUAUUUCCCUCAUCCUAUUUACUGCAGCAAAUCUCUCCUUAGUUGAUGAAAUUGUGGUUAUCUCCUUGUAAACCCUACCUUUCCUGAAUGGUCUGUCAUGGUCUGCCUUUAAAAUCCUUCCUCUUCCUCUCUUUAAAUAAUGAUGGGGCUAAGGUAUACCCAAAGCGCACCCUACAGACUGUUCCCUCACAACCUUGCAGAAAACACCAAACAAAAAUACCAUUUUAAAAGAGGUGUAAUUUUUUUUCUUUUAGAAUAUAAGCUCCUCAAGAGCAGGGACAAUGUUUUCUGUAUGUCCUGUUGUGCCUAGUACACUGUAAAUGCUCAAUAAAUAUCAAUGAUGUGGGGGAAAAAAUUCUUGUUCUCCUUAUGCCCCCAAUAAAUUCCCCUUUCCUGAG